AUGUUCCAGGAUCUCAUACAUUCCAACAUCUCUAAGUUCCAGGUCUCUGAAUUCAUUCUGAUGGGAUUCCCAGGAAUCCACACCUGGCAGCACUGGCUCUCCCUGCCCCUGGCUCUGCUCUACCUCUUAGCUCUCACUGCCAACAUCCUCAUCCUGAUCAUCAUCAAUCAGGAGGCCACACUGCACCAGCCUAUGUACCAUUUCCUGGGGAUCCUGGCUGUGGUAGACAUGGGACUUGCUACCACCAUCAUGCCCAAGAUUUUGGCCAUAUUAUGGUUUAAUGCCAAGGCCAUCAGUCUCCCUGAGUGUUUUGCUCAGAUGUAUGUUAUACAUUGUUUUGUUUUUAUGGAUUCAGGGAUCUUUGUCUGCAUGGCUAUAGAUAGAUAUUUAGCCAUUUGCAAACCACUACGCUAUUCUUCAAUAAUCACUGAAUCUUUUGUGGUCAAAACAACUGUGUUCAUGGCACUUAGAAAUAUCCUUUCUACCAUCCCAGUGCCUGUGUUGGCUGCUCAGAGACACUACUGCUCACAGAAUCAAAUUGAGCACUGUCUGUGCUCUAAUCUUGGAGUUACUAGCUUAUCCUGUGAUGACAGGACAAUCAACAGCAUCUACCAGCUACUUCUGGCAUGGACACUGAUGGGGAGUGACCUGGCUUUGAUUAUUUUAUCUUAUGGUUUGAUACUUCACUCAGUGCUGAAGCUGAACUCAGCAGAAGCUGCUUCCAAAGCCCUAAGCACCUGCACUUCCCACCUCAUCCUCGUUUUGUUCUUUUACACAGUCAUUGUUGUCAUUUCCAUCACCCAUAGUGCAGCAACGACGCUUCCCAUUAUUCCAGUUCUACUCAAUGUACUACACAAUGUCAUUCCUCCUGCCCUCAACCCCAUGGUGUAUGCACUCAAGAACAAGGAGCUCAGGCAGGGCUUAUAUAAGGUUCUGAAGCUGAACAAGGGGAACUCACACUGA